AUGGCGCCGACUCGGUCAACAACACAAGGCCAGGCUGGCAGAGAUAAUUCAUCCUCUACAAGACAGUCGUCUUCCACUAUGAACAAGUUGCCUCGGCUGCCUGAAGGCUCCAAAAUUCAAAAGCGUGCCUUGCCUCGCCGUCAACAACCCAACUCAUCAAAAUCACAACUCAUCUACGUGUCAGCGUCGACACCAUUCAUGUCAGCAGUCUCACGUGUCCGCAAGCAACUGGACAAGUCUCUCAAAGGCAACGCGCCGUCGACGAGGGGCAUGAACCUCAACCAGCGCAUCGACCUGCUCCAUCGCGACAACGGCACCAAAGGAGGGAAUGGAGAGGCUAUCGUGCUCGGCACAGGCAGAGCAAUUGAGAAGGUCCUCAGCAUCGCAGCUUGGUUUACAGAGCAGAGCGACUGCGAGGUCGAGGUGAGGACCAAGACCGUGGGUACAGUCGAUGAUGUGGUGCUCGAAGAAGAGGAUGAGGGAUUCGGUGAGGAGAGUCGUGUAAGGAAGAUCAGCUGCCUCGAAGUUACUGUGAGGCUUCGGUGA